AUGAAGGUCCCCCACAGCGUACCGAAAAACGUGUUCCAAGUUUACAGGUGUUCCUACGAGACGACACGGCUGUCGAGCGAGAGAGACAGGACGCUUCGAUCGGAGGACGUUCUCUGGGACGAGAACAGGGUUCCGAGUUUAAGAAGCCUCGCCCUCCUCGCGAUAGCUGCCGCGUGGAAGGAUAAUCCGAUACUGGAACAACUACCGACUAGCGAGGACAGGAACGAACUGAUCGAAAUCCUGCCCACGGAUCUGCCGUUCGAACUGACCAUCGCGACGAUCGAGGAUGAACGUUACUGGGAACGCUGCUCGAGAGACAAGUGGGAGACGAACGAGCUGUCCGAUCACGGAAAUUCAUGGCGGCAACGGUACUGCGAGGGUGUGUUCCGCGAGUAUCUCGAGAGCCUCGAGCCAAGUUUCUUCGAAACGCAGAGGGAGGAGUGCGAGAGAAAGAUUCGGCUCGUAAGGAGCUACGUGCACGCGAUAAGGAUUCGUUCCCUUCGACCGACCAGGAAAGCGAAGCCUCCGGACGAGGGAGAUCCCUGUGACGCGGAAGAAGACGUCGUCCACCACAUCCCCAUGGGCCUGAUUCUACCCCAACUCCAUCGUCUGACCGAAAUCUACAUCAACUUCGGUGUUAUUUACAUGGACGAUGGUUUCGAGUGGCGAGACUUUCGAUUCUCACUGGAGGAUUGCCUGGGACUGGGCGAAGGAGCCAAGGCUUGCCCGAAACUGAGCAAAUUCACCCUCUGCAGGAGCAAUUUGGAUCAACCUCGGGCUGCCGCUCUGCUGCAAGGAUUGCUGGAGAAUCAGAAUAUAACAGAAAUCGACUUUUCGCACUGCAAACUGGGAGACAGGGGCGCAUUCGUUCUCGGAGAAUUCUUGUCCAUGCACAAUGCGCGAGUAUUGCGUCUGGUGAACAACAACAUUGGACCGAAAGGAGCGUCCGGGCUGGUGCACGGAACGAUGAAGAGGGAACCGGUGCUGAAACAUCUGGAUUUGAGAUUGAACCCUUUGCAGGAUGACGGUAUCGCGCACCUAUGCGCCUACCUGCUACGAACCGACAGCCUAGAAAUACUCAACGUGAGUGGCUGCGGGAUUAAAGCUGCCGGAGGCACGGCACUCUCCGAAGUAUUGAGCUCUGGCUGCAACUUGAAAACGCUUAGCCUCGACGUGUCGAAUAACGAUUUCGGUCAGGCAGUGGGCGAGAUAUUCGAGGCCGCAUUCAGGAGCAUUCCGUUCAUUGUUCGGUUUGACGCUCGAAUGUGCAAUUUCUCCGCGCGAUCGGAAUACUCUAUUUACGAGAGCGUGCUCAGGAACAGGGAGAUGCACAAACAGAAAACCAGGAAGCCGUUCAGCUGGAUGACCGGCGCGUAGGCCAUCCGCGCGCGAACGCCGGAUCGACGAGCCUUCCGAAUCGCGUCGAAACGAUCACGAUCACGGAAACAGCAAAAUUCUUUGUAAAAGGAAGAAAUGGAAAAGUAACUUCCAGACUGCAGAACGGUAAAAUGCGACGACAACGGGCCACGGAUAAAAGAGUUUUUCCAUUAAUAGUAGAAACGAAAGGAGGAAAGCGGAGAAACAGCAGCGAUAUCUCGUUUCUGUUCGAGAGGAAGGGAAAAGAUUGUUCGGUGGAAAAAGAAGGAAAAGGACAGGAUUGAUCAGCGCAGGCCUUUCAGGGA